AUGGAAGGAAAGAAGCAGCACAAAGUGGGAACCUGCACGGUGGCAGCAGGGAAACACCUGUCCCUGUCCCGGGCCUGCUCCCCUCCCGUCCCCACCCCACAGAAGGAAGGGUUCAGGGCAGCCAGCAGGACACGCGGAGGGCAGCCCCACUCCAAGGGGAAAGGAGGCAUUGAAGGAGGAGAUGGGAAGCCAGCACGACUCAUUCUUGAGGUUCAUUGUGGAAACUUAGUCCCUGGGAGUACAGCCAUCCUGCGGCCACUUGUGCACCCCUCCCCCGCCCGCACUCAGUCAUUCCCUUGCAACGCGGAGCGUCUUCCUCUGACUCAUCGGGACUGCGGUUCACACCAGCGGCCAGGGGGCGCGGAGGGCCGUAGCCUCGAUCAGGCUCCAUGCUGCCGGGCCACAGUUCUUCCCCGGGAUGCCCUUCAAGUCUGCACAGCCUGCAGUUUGCAGCCUCCAAGAAGCAACCUCAGACAGACAGCCGUCAGCUGCCAUGGCCGAAGCACAGAGCAUGACCCGGCCCCGCCCUGGGGCUCCCAUCAUGCUGCUCUUCCUCCUGCAACGUCCCUCCUACCGGAGCUGUCUCGUUCCCCAGACCCGGGAGAGACGGGGCCGCGGAGACAGAGGGAUGGAAGAGGCAGGGAGAACGCCGCCCCGCUCGUCCACCCACUCACGCCUUCUCCCCUGCAGCAAACGUUCAUCAAGCCCUCCCUUGUGCGGGGAAUGUGCCGGAGACAGAGCGGUGGGCGAAGCGGGCACAGCCACGGGCUGCAACGCGUCCAGCAUGGGGGAGACGCGUCCACAUGUAACAGGCACAGCCCUGCGGAAUCUCAGGCUGGAACCUGCUGGCCAGGGACAGCGGAGGACAUGGUCUGGACGGCUGGGUCAGGGAUCCUUGCCCAAACUGCCCACUGCUUCACUUCUCCAGGACUUCAGAUUUCUGCAUGGCCGACCUUCUUCCUCCCCGGGAACAGAAAAAGAGCAGGAAGACAUUGAUCCGUGUCAGACACUGGUGGUGCCUGGGCCAAGUUCACACGACAGGUGUCCAGGGCGGUGGCCCUGGAGCCUGGGGAGUGCCUGCCCCAUCCCACCUUCCUAGCAACACUGUUUCCCUAAGUGUUUUACAUGUGCAAUUCCUGGCCGAGGGCUGUGCACCAGGUGUUACAUACCCCAUUUCACAGAUUAGGAAACUGAGGCCCGGACAGCUUAAGAAACUUGGCUGCGAUGUCACAAUUACUUGGAGGUGGAGUUGAAACCUGAAGUCUGGUCUUCCCAGUGGCCUCCUCCGCCUGGGCUCACGCCCCCUUCCCAGGCUUCCCCGGGGCCCUGUCCAGCUUGCUGGCAGCUCCCUAGUCACCCUGCUCCCUCUCCCAUUAGGUCACAGUCCCUGUCCCCAGAGACCACAUGAGCAGAGGCCCAGGGACCCUCAGAGGCAGGCACGGGGGACUCGAGCACUGACUGGAACGCUGAGCACUUAGCCAGGUGGCAGGAAUUUCCAGCCCCCUCCUCGCUUUUGGCAGCAACAAGUGUGAGGGUUUCUCCCUCCCCGCCCCCCGCCCCAUCCCAGAAGCAGGGCGCUGCAGAGCAGCUGGCAGACACUGAACCAAACACCUGUGCGCCAGAUAUUACAGCUGCGUGCGUGAAACGUGAUCUGUCUGCAGCGCCUGUCACAUGCCACGUCCAGUUGCUGCACUCGGGCAGGUUGGAAGAGGAUCCAUUGAACAAGACUUUCUAUGGCAGCCUUUCAAAGCGCAGGCACCCACCCCGCCCCUUCCUCCCACCCCCAGCAUUUUCGCUGCUCCUCUUCUUUGCACUUGGCCCUUCCGGCUGAGCUCGCCUUUCACCAGCUCGCAGCGGUGGCAGUGCUGGGAGGCUUUUCAUCUUCAAAGCAGUUGUUGGCCUCCCCGCGCCAGGGGCUGCACAUCUGGCCGGAAUGUUUGUGGA